CAUGGGUGUGUUAGGUGAUAAAUAUGGUUGCACUCACCUGUUCACCGCACCUGAUGUUGAUGAGCAGAAAGUUAGGCUAUGUACCCACCUGUCAUGGCCCCCCAAGCCAACAUGUUUUGCAAUGUCCCAGGCUAUGAAGGCACUGUGCCAGGAGGAGGAGGUUUCCUGCCCCCUCCCAUGCCCAUGGAGCCAGUCGCCUCAUCCCAACCCGGCCCUGAAAAUCUCGAAUGGAGCAUCCCCUCUCUCGCUGAGGAUGAGGCUCGGGAGGCAUUCAACAAAUUUGUGUCAUCUCAUAUCUGCUACAGUGAAGAGCCAGUCACUCAGGGAGUCAUCACCUCCAUGGACCCAUUCAACACAUUUAGGUAUCGUCUGGAGACAUUCACUGAGUCCAGGUCAACUGAGUGGGCCCACAAACCACAUGAAGGUGAGCCUGCUGACUUUUACACCCAGCCCGCUCCACGACCAUGGGAGGUCCAGGCCACACCCCCCAAACUUUUCAGUGACCAUACAGAGAAGAUCCGGGUGCCCUACACGUCCUCCGUCGAGGAAUGCCACACGUGCCAUGCAGCAGGUACUGAGCAAUGCAGGGAGUGCAGUGGAAGUGGAAAAAAAGCUUGCCCAGUGUGUAAUGGUGCGGCAAAGUCCGAUCCAGCCUGCACUCACUGUAAUGGCACAGGCAAAGACAGGUGUACAAAGUGUGAUGGUAGGGGGAAAAAGCAAUGUGAAACCUGUAAAGGAAAACGUCAGCUGCUGACCUACAUUGAGCUAAAAGUGGAGUGGAAAAACCAUGUGGAAGAUUAUCUGGUGGAGCAGAGCUGUGGUCUGAAGAGUGAUGAGCUGCGCUCAGUGAAAGGGAAGGAGCUGUUCAAGAACAGCCAGAACCUGGCCUACCCACUGCUUGGGUUUAAACCGCAAGCAGUCUCUCAGGCCUCUGAGCGUCUGAUCAAAGACCAUCAAACUAAGCAUGGCCAAACCUCCAGGAUUCUGCAGCAGAGGCAGACAGUCGAGCUGAUCCCCAUCACUCAGGUGAACUACAAGUGGAAAGACAAGAGCUACGUCUACUACGUGUACGGCAACGAGCGCAAAGUCAGUGCUGACGACUACCCAGUGACCUGCUGCUGCAUCAUCCUGUAGACCAAAGGUGUCCGGUGUCCUGCAAGUUCUAGUGAUUCCUUGAUCCAACACAGCUGAUUAAAAGGCUAAAUUACCUCCUCAACAUGUGUUGAAAUUCUCCAGAGAUUUGGUAAUGAACUAAUCAUUAGAUUCAGGUGUGUUGACCCAGGAUGAGAUCUAAAACCUGCAGGACACCGGCCCUCAAGGCCUGGAGUUCAGCACCCCUGCUGUAGACUGACAAAUACACACAGCUGAAAGCAAUUAAACAUGUAAUCAUGCUUCUCUGUUUUUUUUUUAACAUCAGUCUUCCUUUUUCCAUAUACAAUGAUGAUGAUUUCAUUUAUUAGGGUAAGAAAAGCAAUCAAACCAUACCUGUGUUAAAAAAUAAGAAAGUAGUAUUCUGUUCAGCCUUUUCUUAAAAUAAAAAAUAAAAACACUAUACUGUGGAAGUAUGAAGUGAUGACACAUCCCAAUAUUUUACUCCAAUUUUAAUCUCAGCUUCUCACAACUGAACACUCAAGUUGCCAAAAACCUAACCCUCUCACUUCCGAGCCAUCACACAUGUUUCUUGGCACGGUAGAGCCAUUUGUGUGUUGCAACCAUUUUAACACAGCGCUUGUUUUUCUGUGCCUAAAAACUGCGUCAUAUUAAAAAAUUCAUUAAAAA